UCAUAGUUACGAAAGGUCAAUGUGUCCUUCCACACGUGUUUUCUGUGAUCUGGAAGGAGCAACAGUAACGGGGAACUAGCCGGUUGUUGUGUGCUGUCAAACUUAUUUAUCUGUCCUUGAUAUUUCUAUACAGUCAUGUUAAAGUCAGUUGUUCGUGCGGUUGGAACCGCUGUCCGCCUUUCUUCAGCCACCACGUCCACAGCCCGAGCUCUGCCACUCAGCUGCCCGACUCUGUGCUCUCCAAAUUCGGCGUCAACUCGGCCCUUCACCCGGUCUCUCUGGAUGCUGAAUAACAACGGAGCCUCGUCAGGAUUCAGGUCGAAACUCUUUAGUGCAAAAGUGACAAGUCCCUCGGUAUCGUGUGGAUGUGAAGGACUGCACACAGAAGGUGACAAAGCGUUUGGCGUUUUCCUGUCUGAUGAAAUUAAAGAGGAGCUGAAGAUUCAAAAAAACAAAACUCUUCCUAAGAUGUCUGGAGGAUGGGAACUAGAGAUGACUGGCACAGAGGCUAAACUCAUAAGGAAUGUUGCUUCAGAAAAAAUCACUGUCACAUUCAAUGUCAAUAACAGCAUUCCUCCUAACUUUGAUGAGGAGGCAGAACAGGGACAGCAGAAGUCAGCAGAAGAAGAGCCAGAAAUUGUGUCAACGCCCAACUUUGUUGUUGAAGUAACUAAACAGGCUGCAAAACAUUCCCUGGUGUUUGACUGCCAUUUCCCUGAAGACGAGGUGAGUCAUGGUGAAGGAGAAGAGGAGAGCGACAUCUUUGCCAUUCGUGAGGUCAGUUUCCAGCCUGAGGGAGACUCCGAGUGGAAGGAGAACAGCUAUACACUCAACACAGACUCUCUGGACUGGGCCCUGUAUGAUCACCUGAUGGACUUCCUGGCGGACCGGGGGAUUGACAACACCUUUGCUGAUGAGUUGAUGGAGUUGAGCACUGCCGUCGAGCAUCAAGAGUACAUCAAGUUCUUGGAAAACCUCCAAGGUUUUGUCAAAUGUAACUAAUGUUAGAUAUAAGUAAAAUUUCACUUUUCUUCAAUACACAUCCUGGCAAAGUUAAGGUACGAUGAUAUAAGUCUAAAGCAAACUGAUUGAUUUGAUAUCUUCGGCUGCUGCUUUAGUGUGACAGUGAGCCAUGUUGCCAGCAGACGUCACAUUAUUACUUGGCUGCAAAUGUGAUCUCUUUUGUUAAAAUGUGACUUUAUUUUUCUGUAACUUAAAGAAUAUAGUUUAAAUUAAAUAUUUAAAGGUCAGACACAAUGCAGGUCAUGACUGAGCAGAAAGCUUCUGUUCCUGUCUUAACUGCACGGGGUUGAUAUGUUCCAGUCAGUAUUUGUGGAUGUCCAACUAUCCUAAAGCCAAUAAAGGGAUAAUUUGCCAAGAUGUGAACACGAAACAAGAAUUCCACAAAAUGAAACGGUUUACUAAAUCAGUCCUCACGUCAAUGUACGUAACAGCGUCUGCUUUUACAGCUUGAGUCUUACUCCUCGCUGACUGUACGGGAUUUCAUGUUGACUAAUAUUGAUUUGACUCUGUUAGACCAUAAUAUGGGAAAGCUAAAUUUAAAUGGCAUACUUUUAGCAUGUCUUCUGCAAAUGAAAGCUCAGUGUUAAAUAAAACAGUUUGAUAUUAAUGGA